GCAUUGUACUUGCACCUGCAUCCGAACAGAUCCUACGCACCGGCGACACCUGUGCCGGGUCCAUUUGGGUUUUUGAUCCUCUGCUUGUUUGUUCGCGGGGGAGACAGCUCAAGCAAUUAUGCCUUGGAGAUCAAGGGUUGGUGAGCCCCUUUGGGAGUUCCUUUUUUGAACAGUCAGUGCAUGAUGAUUUUUCCAAUGCGAUGAGCUCACAAGACGAAGCUCCAUACUUUGGUGACGAUGGUCAUUUGGACUUGUUGGGAGGAGGCCCUCUUGAAGAAGCCUUUGUUCUGGAAGAGGGGUCAGUUCAGGAAUCCAUAUGUGGCGUUUCUGAAGAGCUGGACGUGCCUCCACAUGGAGACAGGAAGCGCCCUUUGGAGAGCAUGCCAAGCCAAAGUGGGGUUGGCAUAAGUGAUGGACUGUUUUUCAAAAUGGUGAAGUUGCCGCGUACAGGGUUGCCCAAGCAGCCGUGGGAGUCUCGAGAGAUGGCUUCAGUUUUUGGUAAGGCAAAGCCUCAUUUGCCUAUGCCCUGGCAGCUAGCCAUGCCGUCUUUGGGGAAGUUUGAGAGCCUGCAUGGGAUUUCACCGGCCGUUGAACCACCAGAAAGGGCUGCCAUGAGAACUCCAUUCCACUACAAGCGCCUGCUGGCCAUAAGGUUAGCACAAACUGACGACCAGCUGAGGGCUAAGACGCUCAGGCGUCUCAGAGACCUGAUUUUGAUGGCUCCGGCUCACACGCAAUUGGGCAGAGCGCUGCUGGACUCAUCAGGUCAGUUGACUGGUGAGGAUAAGAUUUCCAAAGUCUUUGCAGAUGCUUUCAGAAGUAGGGCCACGUCCACUUUGGUGAAGAGGUCACUGGAUUUUUACAAGAUGGCCAUGUGGAUGCAUCAACGUCUGAACCUGUUGCCCAUGCAGUUGACAGAAGGUGUUGUGUAUCAAUACUUGUCUUGGCUUCGUGACGCAAGUGCAGCCCCGACCUUAGCUGAUGCCACUGUCAAGUCCAUAUGGUUCAUGCAUGCUACAGCAGGUAUCAUUGGAUUUUGCCCAAAGUCAUUCACUUCUCGUAUUUCUGGCGUUUGCAGGGACAUGUUCAUGCAAAAGAGGGUGCUGAAGCAGGCACCUCCAUUUCCUGCCAGCUUUGUCAGAGCCUUGGAGGAGUAUGCAUUGACUUGCAAGGUUGACAGUGAUUCCAUCUUUACCAAUUUCAUGUUGUUUUGCAUUUAUGCAACCUGCCGAGUGGGAGACGCAACGAAAAUCAAGGAUGUUCAGUUUUCCAGGCACCAGGAUGUUCAUUUGGUUGAAGCGUCGACCUCAGAGGCAAAGAAUACCAAUACAAUGGAACGUCGCAGAAUGCUUUUGCCAUUCACUGCAAUUGGCUGGGGGCUGUAUCCAAAUCCCUGGUGCAUCAAAUGGGAGAUGCAACUGCAUUCCAUGGAGCAUGACACCAUUAUGCCAGCCUUUUCAGAAGUGUCAGGCAGGUUUUUGAGCCGGCGCCUGACGACCUCAGAGGCUAAUCUGUGGCUGAAGGAGAUGCUGACCCACCAUUUGGAUGCCAGCUCCGCGAUGCCCCUCACCUAUUCAAGGGACAAUUUGACAGCGUUGCGCUCUCGAAUUUUCAGAAUGCUCACUGCCAUACGAAACUUUGAGUUCAAUCCAGAUGAUUCCAAUGCAACACGCAUCUACUGGGAGAACCGAGACAUUUGCGACGAACCGGAGGAACCCAGACCCUGGCAGGAAGACUGGGAAGGUUCUGAGACCGACGUUUCAGGUGACGAACAGUUUUAUGAAGCUGGACACUUCUUGCAUGACCAUCAAGUUGUUGCAGAAGACGUUUCUGGUGAAAAAUUGUUGCAUAAGGAAUCCAUGGUUGUUCACAUGAAAAGAGAUGAAGACACGUUGUGGUGUGGACGCAGACUGUCUGCCAACUACAGGGCCUGGUGGCAAGGCGACCCGAACCUCGCUCAGCUGCUAGUGUGCCAACAGUGCGACCGAGCCCAGCCUUGA